AUGCUGUUGCCGUGGAACGACCGUUGGCAGAGUUUUACCCACUCGCCUGCUUAUCGCAAGAUUGGGCCGAAGGAUCACAAGAGAGACUACCCGGCCCCUGACACUGCCUCAGGUUUCUCGGCUCAGGUGAACCUACUCCUUACCUAUCUGGAGGAAAGCUUGGUUCUCGAGGUUCAUAUGAACAUGAACGCCGAUGUAACUGUGGUGGAGACUAUCCACUACUUGGUAGCCAACUAUGGCCCGUCGGUGUACAUCUUAACUCGACCUAUGCAACGCGCUACGCAUGGACUUGGUGUAUUCCUUGAAGGCCAAACAAACUUUGUUGAGUGA